CGCGCGCACGCGCCCCGAGGCUCCGGCGGCGGCGGCGACGGGCGGGCGGGCGGGCGCGCGCGCGGUGCUCGCUGCCCCCACGCUGCUCCCUCGGCUGGGAUCGCGGCGUCUCCCGCUCGCCGCACUGCUUCUCGCCUGGCCCGUGGCUCCGGAGGCGGCAGUCGUGCCAGGUGGGCUCGGGUGGACGGGCGCGGCGGUCCGGGCGAGGCGGCGGCGCGGGUGGACAGCGCGGAACCCAGCAAGUUCCUCGCCGGCGAUGUCGCCGGGCGCGGGCCCCUGCGUACGCCGGGCGCCGUGACAGGCCGGCCGGGGAGGCGCGGACGGGGGAGGCCGCGACGGAGCUCCCGGACCGGCCAUGGGCUGAGACGCAUCCUCGCGGAACAGAACAUGCCGGGGUGACUCUCUCCCAGAUCCUGUGGCCUUCCUCGCUCUUCCCAGUGACACUAUGCAACCCCAGCGUGACCUGCGAGGCCUCUGGCUCCUGCUGCUCUCCGUGUUCCUGCUUCUCUUUGAGGUAGCCAGGGCCGGCCGGUCUGUGGUUAGUUGUCCCACCAACUGCCUGUGCGCCAGCAACAUCCUCAGCUGCUCCAAGCAGCAGCUGCCCAAUGUGCCCCAAUCUUUGCCCAGCUACACAGCACUGCUGGAUCUCAGCCACAACAACUUGAGCCGGCUGCGGGCCGAGUGGACCCCCACCCGGCUGACCAACCUGCACUCCCUGCUGCUGAGCCACAACCACCUAAACUUCAUCUCCUCCGAGGCCUUCGUCCCUGUCCCCAACCUUAGGUACCUGGACCUCUCCUCCAACCAUCUCCACACGCUGGAUGAGUUCCUGUUCAGCGACUUGCAGGCGCUGGAAGUGCUGUUGCUCUACAAUAACCACAUUGUGGUGGUGGACCGGAAUGCCUUCGAGGACAUGGCCCAGCUGCAGAAACUCUACUUAAGCCAGAAUCAGAUCUCUCGCUUUCCUGUGGAGCUGAUCAAGGAUGGGAACAAAUUACCCAAACUGAUGCUCUUGGAUCUGUCCUCCAACAAGCUGAAGAAGUUGCCCCUGAGUGACCUGCAGAAAUUGCCAGCCUGGGUCAAGAAUGGGUUGUACCUGCAUAACAACCCCCUGGAGUGCGACUGCAAGCUCUACCAGCUCUUUUCACACUGGCAGUACCGGCAGCUGAGCUCUGUGAUGGACUUCCAGGAGGAUCUGUACUGCAUGCACUCCAAAAAGCUGCACAACGUCUUCAGCAUGGAUUUCUUCAAUUGCAGCGAGUACAAGGAAAGUGCCUGGGAGGCUCACCUGGGAGACACCUUGACCAUCAGGUGUGACACCAAACAGCAAGGGAUGACCAAAGUGUGGGUGACCCCAAGCAAUGAGCAGGUGCUAAGUCAGGGGUCCAAUGGCACGGUGAGCGUGAAGAAUGGCGACCUUUUUUUUGAUAAGGUGCAGGUUGAGGAUGGGGGUGUGUAUACCUGUUAUGCCAUGGGGGAGACUUUCAACGAGACACUGUCUGUGGAGUUGAAAGUGUAUAACUUCACCUUGCACGGACACCAUGACACCCUCAACACAGCCUACACAACCCUGGUGGGCUGUAUCCUCAGUGUGGUUCUGGUCCUCAUAUACUUGUACCUCACCCCUUGCCGCUGCUGGUGUCGGGGUGUGGAGAAGCCUUCCAGCCAUCAAGGAGAUAGCCUCAGCUCUUCUAUGCUCAGUACCACACCCAACCAUGACCCUAUGGCUGGUGGGGACAAAGAUGAUGGUUUUGACCGGCGGGUGGCCUUCCUGGAACCUGCUGGACCCGGGCAGGGUCAAAAUGGCAAACUCAAGCCAGGCAACACUCUGCCGGUGCCCGAAGCUACAGGCAAGGGCCAACGGAGGAUGUCCGAUCCAGAGUCGGUCAGCUCGGUCUUUUCUGAUACACCCAUUGUGGUGUGAGCAGCGUAGGCUGAUGGGGAGGUUCUGCCCCAGGAGAGGUAGUGUACCCCUGAGGGAUAUGAGGGGGUGGAAGAGAGGGCUGGAUGCCCAAGGGAGUGGGUUCCUCCUGACCACCAGGGAAUCGGUCAUGGGCACCGGAGGAGGCAAGACCCCAGUGAGGGUGUGGAUGCUGCGAGUUUCACCUAUGGAUAUCCUCAUGCAGAUGCCACACCCCUACCCAAAGCCUUGGCUAUUCUCAGUGUGGGAGAGGAGGACAGGAACUAGGAAAGGGAUGAGGGGAGGAGCAGAUUCCCUAAACUUUUUUUGAGGUCAUCCCUAGCUCCUUAAGAGAAAACCAUUUGAAAAACAAUGUUUUUUUUUUUUUUUUUUU